AUGCCCAUGCAUGGAUACUCACUUUUCUUUCUAGCACUCCUUGUGUUGUUGUCAUCAUGGAAAGUUUGUUUUUGUGGUAAGAUUCUUGUAGUACCCUUCGAGGGGAGCCACUGGUUGAAUAUGGAGGUCCUGGUUAAAGCACUCCACUCUCACGGUCACUCUAUGGAUGUAAUACGGACUGAUAAGAGCUGGUACAUUAAGGACGGCAUGCCACACUACAACACCAUCACGGUAUCUGUCAACGAAGUGUUCGACCCGGACUUUGUCAAUCCUCUUCUGGAGAAGACUUUUGCUUUGGAGAGGCAGCAAAGCUCCUUAAUGAGCUUUCUGGGUCUGAAUCUGCAAAUGUUCGAGGCAAUGUCCGGUACUAGCAGGAUCAUGUGCAAAUUGGCCAUUGAGGUGUUAAAAGAUGACAAUUUAAUGGCUCGUCUGAGGGAGAGUCAUUAUGACCUGGUUCUCACAGACCCCGAGUUGGGAACGGGGAUCAUGUUGGCUCAUGCUCUACAGCUACCUUUAGUCUAUAAUGUGCGCUGGGUGAUGAGCAAAGAGGGGCAUCUGGUCCUGGCGCCUUCUCCUUUAUCUUAUGUUCCUAUGACUGGCUCUGGACUGUCUGAUAAGAUGACUUUCUUUCAGAGGAUUAAGAAUCUUGUAUACUUCGCCACAUGGGAAUUUCAGUAUAUAUUUUUAGUCAUACCUCAUUAUCAAGCUGUCUGCGAUCAGUUCUUUGGGCCAGAGGUGAGAUUUGAUGAACUUAUCCAGAGUGCCGACCUGUGGCUCAUGAGAGCAGACUUUGUCUUUGAGUUCCCUCGCCCCACCAUGCCCAACGUAAUUUACAUGGGAGGCUUCCAGUGUAAGUCAGCAGAACCUCUACCUGACCACCUGGAGGAGUUUGUACAGAGUUCUGGAGAACAUGGCAUUAUCGUUAUGUCUUUGGGGACUAUAGUGAGCCAACUCCCUGAAGAUGUCGCCGAUGAGAUCGCAGCUACUUUUGCCAAGCUCCCGCAAAAGGUCAUCUGGAGCUAUAGAGGUUCCAAGCCUUCCACUUUGGGUAACAACACCCUCCUUGUCAACUGGAUGCCACAAAAUGACCUGCUUGGGCAUCCCAAGACUAAACUCUUCGUGGCUCAUGGUGGGACAAGCGGCGUCCUGGAAGCUAUUUACCACAGCGUCCCAGUGGUGGGAAUACCAUUGUUUUUCGACCAGUAUGACAACCUGGUGCGUCUGUCAGAGAGAGGAGCAGGUGUGAUGGUCACAUUGGCAUCAAUUGACAAAGACGAUAACUUCCUGAAGGCCCUACAGGAAGUUAUGACCAAUCCUUCCUACAGGAACAACAUGCAGAGGCUGUCCAAGCUCCACAAAGACCAGCCCAUCCCACCGCUAGACAAUGCUCUCUUCUGGAUUGAGUUUGUUAUGCGGCACCAGGGUGCAACUCACUUGAGGACCGAGUCCUACAAGCUGCCCUGGUACGCCUACUAUUCAGUGGACGUAUAUCUUUUUUUCUUUACAACAAUAGCAGCGGUGAUUGUGCUCCCUGUUGUCUUUUUUAGGAUUUACAUAUGUAAAUCAAACUAA